AUGACGUAUGAUGGAGCACCGUUUAUGCAACACUCCCUCCUUUAUGCAUCCUCGAUCCUUCACAUCCCACCGCCCCAAGAGCUACUUCAGAUGGUUGCGAAUUGGAAACACUAUUCCACCUUUGUGCUUAAAUCACCUUCGACUCUCAAUCGACUACAACAGAACAGUGGCAUUGUAAGCAGUCGCAACGGAUCCUAUAUGGAAGCUUCUCUUGCAGCACGACUCUCUCGAACAGUCACGCAGUACUUGACGAUGAAGCGGUGCAACGAUAAAAAAUUUGACCUGACAUGGAGCGGUGCUCCAACAGAGAUGGCAUCUCUCAAGCCUUCAAGGCAGACUGCAGGUGCUUCUGUUGGCGCAAUGUUUGGUGUGCCACCUAACGAGAGUUGCUCCACUUCACUACGUCGAGCAGAUGCGAAAAUUUUUGACUUCCGAAAGUUGGCUGACUCUUGCCUGAGAUCUGUGAGGGAUCAGAUCACCCUGAAGACUGUGGAUGGGUCAGAAAGGCGUCAGAAACGCUUUCCAAAACUGCGAUUGCAACACCCCUUCCCAUCCACCCGCACAGCGACCAAGUGCCGAACGAAAAGGCAGUAUAUAUGUCGAUUUUGCCAUCGACAAUUCACUAAGUCCUACAAUCUUCUUAUCCAUGAACGCACUCACACGAAUGAACGACCCUUUUCUUGUGAGAUUUGCGGAAGGGCAUUUCGAAGGCAGGACCAUUUACGAGACCAUAAAUACAUACAUAGCACGAAGAAACCGUUUUCUUGUGAAAUUUGUGGCAAGGGAUUCUGCCAGUCAAGAACACUCGCACUGCACAAAAUAACUCAUUUUCCCAACAAAUAA